UGCUGAUCACCAUCAUCAUCAUCAUCAGCGCCGCAUCCUUUUUUUCACAUUAAAACUUUGUUUAUUUCUUUGAACAUUGAACGACGACGACGACGACGACGACUUGAAAGCAAAUCAACCAACCAUCAUCAUCAUCAUCAUCAAACCGGUAAAUCUAAAACAGUGAAGGGAAAUCAUCAUCUUCAGUUCAUUCAAUAUGUUCGGGUUGUUGUUUUCUUGCUAUUUAUGCAUCAUUCAAAGUAUUGCGGUAUAUCCAAGAGGGGCAACAACAUGAAAUCAAAAAACUUGAUUUUACCUGGUUUUUUGUUUGCUGGCAAACACACAUGUGAAGGAUUUGAACAACGACAGGAACAAGUUAAAUUCAAACAACAACAAGAAAAAGAAGAUCUUAAAUUGAAAAUGAUCAUCGGACAAGUUUUACUAAUGUUGAUGUUUGGCUUGGUUUGGUGUGUGACUUAUGUCAAUCUUCUUAAAGAAGAGAAGAGAGUUUUAUGUGGCCAGGUUUUACCUGAACAUCGUUCGAGUGGUAAAAUUUUAAAUGAAAAAAAAUUAAUGUUGAAUCGAUCACGAUUGAUUCGAUCGAUUCUUCAAUUCAAUUUUGGAUACCGAAUCCUGUUACUAUCAAAUAAUGAAAAUAUAAAACUAACUUGGAAAAAAUGUUCAAAAGCUAAACUUGUAAAGGAAAAUUCAUGUUUUUUGAUUCAGUCACUUGAAGCAACAGCAACAACAAGUGUAAUGUAUUGAAGGUGGAUGUAAAGCCGACAGUAAAGAAAAUAAAGUACAAUCGAUCAUUUCUAUUCGUGUUAUUGCAUCAAUCAAUCAAUCAAUCAAUCGAUCAUUGCAUCAGUUGGGAAGAUGGUCUCUCUCACUUGGUC